GCUGGAGUUGGAGAGUUUUCCGGGUGUUAGCAGCUGCCGUUGGGUCUGCUGCUCCUGUCGUUCAUGUCCGAUUUAUGGAUUCCUGUCUUCGGUUCGGCCUCUUGGGCCGCUCUCUACUUCUCUUCCUGGCGGUGGCCGUUGCUGUAGCCCAGGGGCAGCCGCUCCCCGAGGCUCCGGCUUCGGCACCGCCCGAGGCCGCCUGUGUCCGCGGGGUGAAGCCGAUCGCAGCGGCCGGCUCGCCGGCGGGAGGAGGCGGCGGCUUGGAAGCGGUGGUGGAGGACGAUGAGGCGGAGGAGAGUGAUACGAGCGGGGAAGAUCAGCUCAGAUUCCUUACUCUGAUUGUAUCUGCUGGCAGAUCCCUGGUUAUUGUAAGUAUGAUGGAUGGUCGCAUUGCAGCAUUGGAUCCAGAGAAUCAUGGAGUCAAGCGCUGGGAGCUUGAUGUGGGUGCUGGUUCUUUAGUCUCAGCCAGUCUCAGCAAACCUGAGGUCUUUGGGAAUAAAGUAAUAAUUCCAUCCCUGGAUGGAGACCUUUUCCAGUGGGACAGAGACCGGGAGAGCAUGGAGACUGUUCCUUUUACAGUGGAAUCCCUGCUGGAAUCUUCCUACCGAUUUAGUGAUGAUGUGGUCUUGGUUGGAGGGAAGUCACACACAAGCUAUGGGUUGGAUCCGUAUACUGGAAAGAUGCGAUAUAUUUGCUCGGCAGCAGGGUGUCGCCGCUGGGAAGAGGAAACUACUGAGCAGGAUUCGGGCAUCUUGCUGCUGCAGCGUACGCAGAAAACUGUCAGGGCUGUGGGACCUCGAUCUGGUGCUGAGAAAUGGAACUUCAGUGUUGGGCACUACGAGCUAAGGUUUAUUCGAGAUGCAGCAACGACUAUCAACUACAUUGAGAGUAGCUCCACUGCUAGCAGCAAGAAUGGUCAAUCGGCGACAUUCGCUGAAUGGGACCAGGGUACCACUGUGAAAGAUCGCGUCAUAAAAGUCUCUGUGUCGGACUGGAAGGUGAUGUCUUUUAGCAGUAAACGAGGUGGCCAACUGGAGUGGGAACACCAGUUCUGUACUCCAGUGGCAUCUGCCUGGUUGGUGGAGGAUGGGGAAGUGAUCCCGGUCAGCCUGUUUGACGAUGCCAGCUAUUCUGCUAGCCGCAGCAGUGAGGUAGAAGAUGAGGAAGAUCUGGUGGAGGCCGCAAGAGGAGCUGCAGAGACGUCCGAGUCUGGAGUCUAUCUCGGCAUGUACAAGGGACAGCUGUACAUGCAGUCAUCUGUCAGGUUAUGUGAAAAAUUCCCAUUGAUGCCCCCCCUUGAGGACUACGGGGACAACCAAGUUGCGUCCUUGCCUAAUGUCAGAUGGAAGCCUCUAAUCCAUUCACCAGCUAGAACACCAGCAUUGAUUCGGUCGGAUGAGCAUGAUAAAUGUCUCAGCAAUGACAGACGCUCUCAUGAUGAAUAUAGUAAUGGAGCUUUGUCAAUUUUACAGUAUCCGUAUGAUAACGGUUUUCAUUUGCCUUACUAUGUGCGAGAGAAAAACAAGCGUGGCACCCAGGUUUCCAUCAAAUACUUUGACUCAACAAGGACCAAAAAGAAAAUCACAAGGAAGGACCCCAUUCUCCUGCUGGAAUGGUGGAGGGAAAUUGCUUUCACCAUCCUUGGCUGCAUUGUUGCAACGACUUAUGUGGUCCAUAAAUUCAUCCGAUAUCCAGCUUCAGUCAUGAAAAGGGAAGAAUUGGAGUCUCUGUGUCGGACUAACAGCACAAGUGAGGUGCCUGUGGGAGAAGUUAAGGUUGAUUUGAUGAAUUGCGGUGGGACUGCUGACUACGUGUCCAGAUGCCUUACUGACUUUGAAUUGGUCCAGUGUCUUGGCCGUGGAGGAUUUGGUGUUGUGUUCGAGGCAAAAAACAAAGUUGACGAUUGUAAUUACGCUAUCAAGAGGAUACGACUCCCGAAUCGAGAUCAAGCACGGGAGAAGGUGAUGCGGGAGGUGAAGGCACUGGCUAAACUGGAGCAUCCGGGCAUCGUCCGCUAUUUCAACGCCUGGCUGGAGACACCACCUGAAGGCUGGCAGGAGGAGAUGGACAAGCAACUGCUCAAAGAUGAAGGCACCGAUUGGCCUGUGAGUUCUCCAGAUGUUCCCUCUGUAAACCGCCUAAAGCUUCCUACUGCAGCAACCUGUUUGGGUAGUUCAUCUUCAGUGAAGUUUAGUUCCUACUCUGUAAUCACUGCCAAUCAGACAUCAUCUUCUGAGCCAUGUGUGUGUUUGGACCUGCCUACAGACUUCAGCCAGUCUCUGGAACAGCCCCUGUGUUACCAGGAUAGUCUUAUAUCUGAGCGUGGAAGUGAAGGCAUUUCUGAGCUGGCACGUUCCUUUGAAUCAUUCCCUUCAGCUGCUGGCAGUCUUGUGAAGGAGGACAGGACCACAUCCUUCGACGUGGUGUUUGAAGAUUCUGGCUGUGACCAAGCAUCUGAGCAUACACUGGACUUGGCGCCAUUGUGUCACAAUAGAAGCAGUGGUGGGAGGCAAACUACCGUUUCUCGGGAAAAGACGACAAGUGGAACUGCGGGUCUGGUUUCCAGUGAUGCUUUAUCGCGUUCUCCACCAAGACCCACAUCACUAAAUCUGGGCCAGUGUCAAGAACCAGGGGAGAAAGCAAAAUCAAACUCACCUAAAGUUUACUUGUACAUUCAGAUGCAACUCUGCAGGAAAGAGACUCUGAAAGACUGGAUGAAUGGCCGAUGUCAGAUUGAGGACCGGGACCGGACUGAGUGUUUAAAAAUAUUUUUACAGAUGGCGGAUGCUGUCUACUUCUUGCACACCAAAGGAUUAAUGCACAGAGAUCUUAAGCCUUCAAAUAUUUUCUUUACUUUGGAUGAUGUGGUGAAAGUGGGUGACUUUGGGCUAGUCACUGAAAUGGACCAAGAGGAAGAAGAGGGAUCCAUACUUACACCAAUGCCAGUGUAUGCUAGACACACAGGGCAAGUAGGCACUAAGCUCUAUAUGAGUCCAGAGCAGAUAUCUGGAAAUACUUACUCUCACAAAGUGGACAUCUUUUCUUUGGGCCUGAUCCUGUUUGAAUUGUUAUAUCCCUUCAGUACACAAAUGGAGAGAGUUCAGACAUUAACAGAUGUAAGAAAUUUGAAGUUCCCCUCUUUAUUUCUUGAGGACUAUCUUCAGGAGCAUGAAAUGGUGCGGCAAAUGCUUUCUCACGAGCCAGCGGAACGUCCAGAGGCUGUGGACAUUGUCAACAACCCAUUCUUCGAGAGCUUUGACAUUCCUGAAAGGCAGCUGCUGAGGCAGAGGUCACGGACACUCAGCUGCAAUGGAGUUAAGGCUGUGAGGGCAUCUGUUUCAUAACAGUGGACGUCAUCUGCUCAGCCUGCAGGUUCUUGAUCUCUGACACUUUCCAUUUCCAUUGUUACAAUGCAAUCAGUAUUUGAGAAAGAUGUCAAGGCACGUUCUGACCACUUUUACUUUGAAAACAUUGUCAAAGGUCUUCAGGACCAAGUGAUGUGAUACUAAAGCCUCUCACCACGUUUUCUACUAUACAUUCAAACUGAAUCUUAACAUUUUUAAGAAAAUGUCUCUGCUCGGAGGAUUAUGUAUUUGAAAUAACAGGUGCAGAUAUACUGAUUUGAGGGCUCAUUUUGUCUAGUGCACCACAGUUUCAGUUAAUUCUAUUCUAUAAGCACAUACUGUGCACUCCUCUUGUGGCUGCACGUGCACAGUAGAUCAGAUGCAUGCAUUUCAAAAGAAAGUGAAAACUGGAAUUUAGUUUGUGAAGAGGGAUGUUUGAUGCUCGUCGUGCUCCUAACUUCUUUGCAUCCUUAUGUCUAAAGGCAUUUGUCCAGCUUUCAACUGUAAGCCUGUAUUUUUAGAAACUGAAUCAAUACUGCAAUGUGGAUUUGAAAGCAAUACCUGCCCCUCAACCACAUAUCUUUGGGAAUUGGCCUGACUGGACAUGGUGAAUGCUGAAGUUUAAAAUGUAUUUAUAGUGCUGUGAGGGCACAAUAGCAUAAAUAUAUCUACUAUUAAUCAUGCUGUGCAAAUUUCAUAGUGAGAGG